CCGAACUGGUCAAGCAAGACACAUGAUUAGCAGUGUUGCGCGUACCAUGGCUUGCUCUAAGAGGAAAGGGACACUGCUGCUUUGCCUGGUGGAGUUGGUUUGCUACCCUGCAGAUGUUGGGUCGUCGGCGCGGCAGGCUUUCGUCAACGCCGGCAUCAGCAGCAGCAGCAGGAACUGCUGCAGCCAAAGGGUCAAGCACCAUCAGUUGAAGGUUAGCAUGCGACGAACGUGCGGUGCUGCGAGUCAGGCAUCCCAGGGCGUCUUUCCCUCGGUGGCGAGGUCUCCGAUGCCCGCAGGAGAGAUCUACGAGGGCGAGAAAAAGGAGAAAGAGAAGAGAGAACAAGCUGAGUUCAACACCAAUCUGGGUAAAGUGAUCGACACCCUGCGAGAAGACUACCCCACCAUGCUCGACGAACCGCUGAACUUCGACAUCUACACACCCGACUUGCAGCUGCGCGAUCCGUCGGGCGUCAUUCUCACGGGUUUGCCGGCGUACAAGCGCAUGUUUGGGACGUUUCGCUUCGUGCGGAAGACCCUUGUCCAUGACGUCUCGACGGUUUUCCGUCUCUCGUACGACGGGUCCAGACAGCAGGAUGACGAGCAGCUCCUGGUCCAUCCUUGUGAAAUGCAGCCUUGGACGGGAAGGAACGAUUGGCCAUCGGUGAUCGGUUCUGUGGGGAACAAUGCUCCGUCCUCCCGGGGACGCGUGGUGCGCGUAACCUGGCACUUGGUUCUGGACGCAACGCCGAUGGUGGCGAGACCGGUGCACCUGGACGGCACGAGCGUGUACGGCCUCAGCACGGAGGGCCUGGUCCGGCGGCACGACUUGGAGACGAUCAUCGUCAACGGGACCCCGGUCAAGCCUCCGUUCGCGCAGGCCUGGAUGCAGCUCCCCUCCUGGGUGACGCAGGGGCGCAGCGGCGGCGUGGCGGGGGCCCCGGGUAUGACAAGCGUCAGCAGCAGCGGCGGCGUCCGGGGGGAGAUUGACGACUUUGACCGAAGCGGCAGAAGGAGUGGGGGGAAAUUCGAGAGAAGAAUACCGAUGGACCUGAGCGGGACGGCGAUGGCGUUUCAGGGCUUGGCGGAGGUGCGGGCAGCAAGCAUCACGAGACGAAGAAAGGGUUUGCUGGCAGCAGUGGGGUUCGAUGCGAGCAGCAGCAGGAGCAGCAGCGGCAGCAACGACGGCGGGGGGGUGAUGAUUUGGAAGGCUUCCCCGCAGGGUGCGGGAGGGGGGUCCGCAGAAUCGGGGAAGGAGGGGGGUGCGUCGUCGUCGCCGCCUGACGGGAGGGAGGGCAGCGACCAAGACAAGGACGACACCAGCAGCCGCGGUGACACGAAAAAAGACGAAAGAAAUCUUGCGAGGGACAAGAAGAAGAAGAAGAAGAAGAAGGGGAUGUGGCCGAUAGAUUAUAAAGGGCCCCUGGCGUGCGAGACGAGCUUUGACUGCACCGGGGGCUACGUCUGCUGCGACCUGGUCGUGGUGAAGAUCUGCUGUAGCAACGGCGUUAUGCAAAGAAAGCCCGGAGAUCUCAUACCGUCCUUGAUACCGAUACCAGGCAGAGGGAGGACGGAGUUGGACCAAUGUCAGCGUCAGCUGACCCCGCAGUAACGCAAGAUUUUUUUUCUCUCAUUUUCCAAGUGUUUUGUGUUGCUGCAGUCCCCAAAUCUGUGGCGGUCUCGGGGGGGAUAAAACCCAAUUGCUGCCGAUGGGUGUUGGUAGUGGGGGGUUGCUUUUACUCUCCCCCGAGAAUUUGUAAGGUUGCGGAGGAUAAGUCGGUAAGGUGGAAUGUACAUGCGGGCGCGGUGAUAAGAACGUGACCAGUCCCCAGCGAAUUGUGUCUGCCCCAGCAGCAAGAUACGUAACGAAUAAUUGGUGUUGUGAUGCGUGUGCCUUUUGCUUUCAAGACACCGCAUGUCACGAUGACCCUCGAGAUAUCGCUAGAUUCAUCGCGUGUUCCCGGAGAAAAUCAAUACUCAGGGUAGGUAUUUUUUGUUACAGCAGUGUUGUUCCUGAUAAAAUUUUGUGAGCAUGCGGUGUACGUUCUAGUCAAAAGAGGAGCAGUGCUAGAUAUGUUUUUUGUAGAAGGGAGGCCCAGCUAGCAGCAGUAUCGGGCGAAGAAAAAGGAUUACAAAGCCGAUAGCAAAACAAAUAUCCUCCGAUAUGUGGUUGUAUGGGUUGUAGAUGGUAGGCAAGCUCUCCGAGGCACUGUUGUCAACGCAACCGGGGGUUGGGUGAGGUGUAUUAGCUAGCCGGUUGACGCCAAGUAUAGAGUCACAGGCAAGAGAGAUCGCUAGUGUGACGCGGCAAUAUGAGGCUGGCAGAACACAACACCGAUUAGGUUCCAUAUCGCAGCGAUGACAAGCAGUAUGUCGUGAUCUAGAGGAGUAAAACCAGGGGGGGUUAGUGGAGUACUGUCCUCUACAACUAUUGGGUAGGUCCGUGAAAAUUACCCGUAAGGGUUUCUUGGAGAAGGGCACCGCCGCGUGCCGUGUCAUCGCA